AUGAACAGCUUCUUCUCGAUGAAUCCUUCUGUCUGCUACAGUAUAAAGUCAUCCUCCCCAUCUAUUGACGACAUCCACCUCAACAAGAGAAUAAUAUCAAUACGAAAAGUUGAUGAACAACUUGAAUUGUUUGACAGUGUUAAACAUGCAGUUGAUAUUGUGAACAAAGUCACAAUACUUUACUGCAUUGCAAAGAUCAUAGGAAAGGAUGAAAAACAGAAAUUAGUGUUGGAGAAAGAACGAGAAAAAGCGCGAGAAGGACAAAGCAGCAGAUACGUUGAGUUACUGGAAAAUAUUUCAAAAGAUAUAUCUGAAUGUAAGUCCAAAGGACUUGUCAACGUGAUGUGGUCCUUGGGAAAAAUAGAAGAGAAGAAUCAUAAACUCGUUCAAUUCUGUGAGAAAGAGAUUCUCUCACGUGACAUUUUGGCACUCAAUAACGCAGGAAUCUGUCAGAUUGUCAGUGGCUGUGCCAACCUAGAGUUAACAGCAUCACACAUCUUCCGACACUUAGAAGAAGCCAUUCUAAAUGGUCACUUAGAAAUUUCUACAUUUGAUAAUCAGUUGCUAUCCGCAAUAUUACUGUCAUUUGCGAAGGCAGAGAAUGGUUCUUUGGGAUUAUUUCGAGUCUUCUUGGAAGAAAUCCUUUCCAGAGACUUCUUGAAGAUUGAUAAUCAUGCCCUUGCAGAAUUUGUGUGGUCAUUUGCAAAGAGGGGUUUUAAAGCAGACAGAUUAUUUCGUCGAGUAGAAGGAGAGAUUAUUAGACGCGGAACUCACGAGUUUAAUAAUGGUAGUUUUAUUCAGAUUCUUUGGGCAUUUAGCAAAGCUGGAAAAGGGAGCAAGCAUUUUUUCACUUUUUUAGAUGAUCAACUUCUCUCACGAGGCGUAAACAAGUUCCUCAACGUCCACUUGUUGGAAAUUGUGUGGUCUUUUGCCAAAAGAAAACUGACGAAGGGAAAAGUUUUUGAACUUGUCAAGAAAGAGGUUUUAAAACGAUCUGUCCACAAGUUUCAAAGUCAUGAGCUGCUUUUGAUCUUAUGGUCUUUUGUCUCUGCUCGAAGGCACGAUAAUCAGUUGGUGGCGCACAUUGAACGUGAACUGUGCUCACGGAAAAUUACAGACGUAACAAACGGUGAUUUAAGUCAAGUUGCCUGGUCUCUUGGAAGAGCUCACAAGUCAGACAGUGAGCUUUUUGAUAUCAUUGAACGAGAAGCCUUCAACCGUGGAGUUCGGGAGUUCACUAUGAAAGAAAAGCGCAUGUUGAUGCGUGGGUUUAUCGAGGCCAAGAGAGGAAGCAAAGAAUUUUACAGGCUUUUAGUCAGCUCUUUUUCAGCAAGUGAUUUCAAUAAUUUACAUGGAGGUCAACUUUGUGAAUGCGUUUGGUGUUUUUCUAGAGCGGGAGUAGAAUCAGAUACACAACUUCAAGCAUUAGAAAAAGAAAUAUUAAUCAAAGGCAGGGAUUUCUUCAGUCAAAAACAAGCCGCCUUCUUAAAUAAGUCUUUUAAGAAACUUGGAAGAGGAAAUCAGGACCUUUUUAAAUAG